GUUUUGAGACAAGGCCUUACUCUAUCACCCAGGCUGGAGUGCAGUGAUGUGAUCAUGCUCACUGCAGCCUCGACCUCUGGGGCCCAGAUGAUCCUCCUGCCUCAGCCUCCCUAGUAGCUGGGACUACAAGUGCAUGUAACCACACCCAACUAACUUCUUUCCUUCUUUUCUUUUCUUUCUUUUCUUUCUACAGAGUCUCACUCUGUUACCCAGGCAGUAGUGCAGUGGCACAAUCUUGGCUCACUGCAACCUUAUCCCAGGUUCAAGUGAUUCUCAUGCCUCAGCCUCCUGGGUAGCUGGAGUUACAGUGAAACUCUCUGGGAAAUUGCAAAAGCUGAAGUGGAAAAAAAAGGAAUUAAUGGAAGUGAAGGUGAUGGAGUAGAAUUUGGAGAAAAAUCUGUUUUCUUCAUUGGCAGUAAAAAUGCGGGAAAGACUACUAUUAUUCUAAGGUGUCUUGACAGCCAAAAGAUAUUGCUCACUUUUGGGAACUGGGUGGAGGAAUCUCCUUAUUGGACUUAAUCAGCAUACCUAUCACAAGUGACACCUUACGGAUGUUUUCUCUUGUUCUCGUUCUGGAUCUUUCAAAACCUAAUGAUCUUUGGCCCACCAUGGAAAAUCUCUUGCAAGCCACAAAAAGCCAUGUAGACAAGGUGAUAAUGAAACUGGGAAAGAUGAAUUCUAAAGCAGUUUCUGAAAUGAGACAGAAGAUCUGGAAUAAUAUGCAGAAGGACCAUCCUGAUCGUGAAAUAAUUGACCCAUUUCCAGUACCUCUGGUCAUUAUCGGAAGUAAAUAUGAUAUUUUUCAGGAUUUUGAGUCUGAGAAGAGAAAGGUAAUAUGCAAGACACUUCGAUUUGUUGCACAUUAUUAUGGAGCAUCAUUAAUGUUUACCAGCAAAUCAGAAGCUCUAUUACUAAAAAUACGUGGCGUUAUCAACCAGUUGGCAUUUGGCAUUGACAAAAGCAAAUCAAUAUGUGUGGAUCAGAAUAAACCACUGUUUAUCACAGCAGGAUUGGAUUCUUUCAGUCAAAUAGCUUAUCUCCUCUCCAGAGACCUGUUCACAAAUCCGUUUCUGUCCUCCCGUACUGAUUACCUCCAUCUGCAGAAAGCCCGGGGGAAAGCAGGAAGAAACAGAAGAUACUCAUAUGGUAAUGAGUUUUGUUUCCAGACGUCCCUAAUAAGGCUGUGUUAUGAAAAUGGAAACAAAACCAUUCCAUUACAAAAAAAUAAGCUCCACUGCAGAAGUGAGGAUGACUUGUGGACCACAAUUCCAGAGGAGUCAGGGGAAGGAGUGGACGGCAGAGAUGAAGUUUUGACCCACCCAAAUAAUGGACAUAUCCGAAAUAGGUACAAAGGAAUAAUGAGAAGGUUCUUCCAAGGACAGGAGCAGAUCUGCCAUGCUCUCUCCUUUGUUGUCAUCAGCACUUCCUUCCCACUGAAUUGCUUGUCAGGAUUUUACACCCUGUGGGCUGGAUUUGCUCAGAAAGGACUCUCAAUUGGAGAGAACUCUGCUGUCAGGAGUUCUCCUGCUUACACAGAACUGUGCCCCUUGAAGGAGGCAUGUCCAUCUGUCAUUGGUUCCCUGGGUGCUCGUGGGCCUUCCCAGACUAGAGAGAAAUGAAGCAGUUUCCAGGUAUGGUCCCGGGUCAUUUUACCUGUGGCUACUUCCAAACUGGAUACAUUUAAGAAAGAGAUUGGAACCUAGAAGGAGCUGACAAUUCAAUCGUUUCUUCCUUCAUUAACUCAGUCCAGUUUGGAUGAGGCACAUUCAAGAUGCCUCCAAGUAAGCUGAGAAAAAAUCAGUGGCAAAAAUAUCUAUGCAAACAGGGAACUUGUAGAACAGCAUGGUCCCAGAGAAUGGUAAUGCAAGCCACAGACAGAAGUGAAAUAUUUUAAUAGCCAUAUUUUAAAAAGUAAAAAGAAACAGGUGAAAUUAACAUGAUAUUAUUUACAGACAAAAUACCGUUUCAACCUGUAAUCAAUACUUUUUAAUUUUUAUUUAUUUAUAUAUUUAUUGAUUUGGUUGGGGGAUACAGGCUGUCCUUCAGGCUGGAGAGCAAUGGUUUGCUCCAGCCUCCACCUACUGGGUUCAAGAGAUCCUCCUGUCUCAGCCUCCUGAGCAGCUGGGACUGCAGGUGCACGCUACCACACCUGACUAAUUUUUGUAUUUUCUGUAGAAGGUAAAAGUCUCACUGUGUUGCCCAGGUUGGUCUCAAACUUCUAGACUCAAGCAAUCCUCCGGUCUUGGCCUCCCAAAGUGCUAGGAUUAAAGGCCUGAGCCACCCUGCCCAACCUAAAAAUUCUUAAUGGGCGUUUUCACAUUCUGUUUUUUCAGACUCAGAGCCUAAAAUCUGAUAUGUGUUUUACACUCAGAGCACAUGUCAGUCUUUGGACUAGUCACAUUUCAAGUGCUCCAAAGGCACAUGAGACAAGGAGCUGCUCUCUCUGGCAGCGCAGGGUGCACGGUGCAGGAUGCAGGGCACGCUCUAGAGUGAAGGGGUGACGAGCAAAGGGGAGGAAUGGGUAAGCGUAGGCAAAGAGAGG